UCAUUACUUUUUUGACAUUCUGGCGAAAAGCGAAAAGCAUAUAUAUUUUUUAUUCCUGUGAUAUUCUAUUGCGUGAAAGCGGGUUCAUUCUAAAUUGAUAAUGCCAGCACGACGAAGUGAAAGGAUUGCAGCACGUGGGGGAGCUAAUGGAAGCCCCAGAAACGAGUCCAACACUCUGCGCCGUGGUAGUAACUCAAGGGCCCAGUCCGGCAGACCACGUGGUGGCCGCGCAGCCCCUAGGGGCAGGCGUCCCGCAGCUCGUUUUUCAACACCGAUAAUGCGAGAAAUACAACGAGAGAGAGUUGAGGCUAUGGCUGCUUCGGCUGCUAGUCCAAAUUCUGAGGAAAAUGAAGGAUCUGCCGAGGAAGAAGUCCGCUCUCGACCUUACUUUGUUUCUGUUUUUUUAACUACCCAUGCUAUGGGAACUCCUGAUCGUCAAGAAACUGGCCCAUCAGUCGCUGUGUCGCCACAUCGUGACCGCAGUUCUGCUUCAACUGCAGUAGCUACACCUUCGAAUCGACCUGUUCGAGACACUGCAAGCCAAGUUCCACAGAUGCACCUACCAACUGCGGCUGAUAAUGUGCCAAUUGCCUCAACUACUGAAUUUCGGUGGUUGCAAAGAAAUUCUCGGGUGCUAAGACUUUUUCGCAUCGAUUCCGGAAUACCCACCCAAGGUGAUCCCCUCACCAUGACUAGGCUGCGUCGAGAGAUCUUAGACUUCUCAUCCGAUGAAACGGAAGGGUGUACGGUGGAGUUGGUGGGCGACAAUCUGUUCCACUGGGUAGCCACGAUCCCAGGUCCCUCGGAAACAGUUUACGAAGGUGGGCGUUUUAGAGUGGAGAUAGUCUUUCCCGGGAACUAUCCAUUUCGUCCCCCCUAUCUUGCGUUUCUAACCAAGACUUACCACUGCAACAUAGCUGUAUCUGGGCGCAUUUGCCUGGAUAUUCUCAGCUCCAAGUGGUCGCCAGUUUUGUCGAUGUCCAAGGUACUCAUAUCGAUAAUGUCAUUGCUGGCGGACCCGAAUCCACACGAUCCUAUGGAUGCGUCCGUCGCAGAUGUUUUCAGGGGAAACCGCGCGCUCCACGACAAGAAUGCACGGGAUUGGACCAAAAAAUAUGCCAAGUGAAGAAAGAAAUCAACUUGAAUAUGUUCUUCAAAUAAAUUUAUUGGAUGUUUUUGUGCCAGCACUUU